AUGAAAGCAUACAUCUUUCCUCUAUUCUCAUCGCCAUGGCCCGCACCCGAGCACAAGUUCGCGCAGAGUCAAGGAGUUACCAACUUCCAGCGCUACACAGUGAAGGUACGUGUCAUCCCCUCGUAUGGACCGCUCGCUGACACAGAGCAGAGAGGCAAGUCCAAAGCGGCAAGGUCCGCAAGAGAAAAUGCCGAAGUAGUCAAAGAAACAACAUACACAGCGCAGAACAUUUCGCCCCAACAGCUUGAAACACAGCUGCACCCGAUAUCCCCAGGCCGGAAAAGGCAGCGGCAAGCCCAAGAUACUCUAGAGAGAGCAGACAAACCAGUCCUCAAGCGAGCACGACUAUCUGACGAAGGGGAAAAGUCGCGACAGGAACUCGACAGUAGAGAUACCAACCCGAUCGCUCAUUGGGCCAGAGAAGGGCGUUGGCCGAGUCACUUCAUUGCGCAAGCCCCCAAUAUGAAUCGCAUCCUGGCCAGGAAGAAAUCGUCGUCUUCCCUGCAGAGCCGCAAGCGUUUGGAGCCUGGUUCUGCGAGCUCUGCGACGCCCAGCGACCAAAAGCUCAGGGAAGCUAAGAGCGCUCCGUACCGCGAUCCACGCUACAAGAAAUUGCUUGAAGUCAGAGGAAGCUUUAUGGAUGAGUCUGCCCUUGGUGUCGCCGAUGGGAGUGGAGAUAUGAUCCUUGAGUUGCUGAGCUCUAAGCAGACUAUUCCCAAAGACUCGCUCUUUCGGGACGAUAUUUUCAAGAAAACCUGUCGGAGUGUCGCAGACAGGAAUGAACUGAGGGUCAUGCGAGAUAUCAGUCCCUUGCUUGUGCCAUCCGCAGAACUACUCGCUAUUUUCGGAGCAAGCGAACUCGAAUGCCUAAUCGAGAGCACAAACGAAGGAUGGUAUAAUUCUAUCCCCUUGACCGCCACCCGCCCACAGCCUGACUACACAGUGGGAUUCAGGCGGGAGGCAUUUACUAAAGGCCAGCUAGAAAGGUUGUCCCCGUUCAUUGGUGACUGGAUUGCUGGAGACCAGUCCUUCUUCAUGGCGACGUACCUAAUAUACUUCCCUUUUCUAACUUGCGAGGUAAAGUGCGGUGCUGCCGCCCUGGACGUUGCAGAUCGUCAAAAUACUCACAGCAUGACACUGGCCGGCAAAGAAACAACUUACCAUCGCCGGACAAUCCGCCUAUUCGAUUUUACGGAGCUUGAAGGCAAGGAUAAGUGGGUGACCUAUUCUUUCACUAAGAACGUCUACCAAGUAUGGAUGCCAAAGCAUUUUAAGAGAAUCUGCUUGGCCAUUGACCAGUUGCCGUCUCACUUGGACUUCGAUGUCCCCUCUCUUCAAGAAUCCGGUCUCUCACAGGAUCUUGAAAGUCAUAACCUAUCUCAGUCAGAGGUGGACUUGGCGAUUGAGCCCAAGACCUCUUAUCGACAAGCAACUCCAGAUUCUUCUUUCACAGGGCCAGCCGCGGUCAAGAAGCCAAGGCGAAAGCACGGGAAAUGA